AUUGAAUUAUUUACUGAAAAACGUGUUCACCGUUUGUGACAGCAUUUGGUCAUUGAUUGCAAAUCACAACACGUUUUAGUGAUAAUCCAUUGAAAUAAUCAAUUGUCUCAUCAGUGGUAUCAUCAUCGGUGGUAAGCCAUGCGUAUAGAGCGAUGCUAUUUCUGUUCAUCACCGGUAUAUCCCGGACACGGCAUCCAAUUUGUACGCAACGACUGCAAGAUCUUCAGGUUCUGUCAGUCGAAGUGUCAUAAGAACUUCAAACAUAAGUGUAAUCCUCGGCGCAAGAGAUGGACGAAAGCCUUCCGCAAAGCCAACAACAAAGAGCUUAAAGUGGAUCCGAGUUUCGAGUUCGAGAAGCGGAGGAAUAUUCCCGUGAAAUACGACCGCAAACUCUGGACGGAAACCAUCGAAGCCAUGAAACGCGUGGAUAUGAUUCGCCAGAAACGCGAAUCACAUUUCCUGAUGACUCGGCUCCGGAAGGGAACGGUAUUCGAGAGGGAAAGGGAUCGCAAGGAAGUGAAGAGAGAUAUGUCGCUCAUUAAGUCACCCGCGGCUGGACUUAUUCGGGAGAAGAGUAAAGGAAAGGUUGUUGUCGUGAGGGAUGAGGAGGAGGAGGACUCGGAUGAAGAGAUGGUCGCAGAGAGCAGUGAAUCGGAAGCAGAAAUGAUUGAGAAUUAGUAUAUCAGUGAAACCGAUGUAUAGAUUAUUGUAUUUUGUCAUUCAUUUCAAUAAAAAUGAAUUCAUUAUCAAAACAA